UUCCAUCUCUUACCUUUGAUUGGACGGGGCUCCAGUUAACUAGGAUGACUUCACGCCACACAAAAAGACAUUUCUACUAUAAAAGCACAACAGGGCAAGAUGCUAUAAUGUUUUUUUCCAUGAACAUUAAAGUUAGUGUACCGGUCACUUUAACACGCAGCUAACUGAAAACUCCCUGCGCAUUUCGUUUGAUUGCAGAAGUAGUCUGGAUGUAAAGAUGCCAAGAGGCUUCUUAGUUAAAAGAAACAAAAGAACAUUCUCCGUGUCUUACAGGAUGCGAUCCGAGGAGAGAGAGGAGUCUGCCCAUCUAAAGCCACUUUCUCGGCUAUCUGUGACACAUGCGAGUAUACUUCCUCAAGUCACUCCCGUGUAUUUUGAGAAGACCAGCUCGGACCACAUUUUGAAGGGAGAUGAAGAUUUUAAACAGCCUUGUACAUCGAAUAACAGCAAAACAGCCAAUGAGCUAAAUGAACCAAGAUCUGAUUCAAGUCAUCCUAUAUGCAACUCCGUCCAGAAUAUCCCCACAUGGGCCAGCACUGCUGAAGUUCCAGUUAAGCCAACAACUCUAGAAAUGAAGACAGCAUUUUUUGACAGAGCCAUGAGCUCACCAGUGUAUGCAGAGUCAUUCCCUGCAGCAGCUCGUUUCUCCCCCAUUGAAAAACUCUUGAUGCACCACCCACCAUUAGCAACACCUGAAGUCAAAAUAGAUACGAGAGCACCGCUUUGUUCGUCUCUACAAGUUACUAAGCGUUCUUUCAUUGAACCAACUGAUCGUAGGGGCAAGCUCACGGCCAAAAAAUCAAAAGUGAUGAGAAAGCUUAAUUUUGAAGACCAGGUAACUACAUCUCCAGUACUUGGUUUGAAAAUUAAAGAGGACGCUGACAUAAAAAACAGUGCUCCGUCAGGUAGCAGAACAACUCUACGCGAGUUUAUCUGUCAGCUUUGCAAGGAGGAAUACCCAGACCCUUUUGCUUUAGCUCAACACAAGUGCUCAAGGAUAGUCCGAGUGGAGUAUCGGUGUCCCGAGUGCGACAAAGUCUUCAGCUGUCCCGCUAACCUGGCAUCACACCGCAGGUGGCACAAACCUCGACCUCUAAGCAUUACAGACAGCGAAACCUGUAAAAAACUACAGCUGCCUGUUACUGAAGGGAGUCUUUCUGUUGAAGAAGGCAAAGAGAAUACAGCUAAAUCGGUUCUAAAAGAUCAGCACCGGCAAACGGCAGACAGCUCCCACUUAGAUCAGCACCUGAGAAUGAAGAACAGCUCCCUAAGCCUUAACGAAAAAAAGUUGAAUGAUACCAACCAGAACGCAAGUGGGGGUGUCACAGAUACACUGUCCGCGCAUACCCAUAUCCCUUACAGAAACGAUGAAGUUUACACAUGUCCUUAUUGUUACAAGAAGUUCCGCAGGCAAGCUUACCUAAGAAAACAUCUGACAACGCAUCAAGUGUCUAGGCCACCACCCAUCUUUAACCAGCUAGAGACAGGGCAAGUUACUUUUCCUUGCCACAUGUGCGGGACUUAUUUUCCUACAGCAGAUAUACGGGACAAACACCGGCUAUGGCACACCAUGACUGAAGAAAUGCUGCUAUCUCCUAAGGAAGGUUUUGCAGUGGCUUUGCAUGACAGUACCGAAGGAGAACAACAGAUCUUUAGCUGUAGGCAUUGUGCCUCUACCUUCUUUAGUUCCACAGGGCUGACAAGACACAUUAAUAAAUGUCACCCAGCUGAGACUAGACAGGUUCUCCUCCUUCAAAUGCCACUGAGACCAGGAUGCUAAUAGUUGACAAGACAUUUUUUUAAAAUAUGUUUUCAAGAAUUGCUCCAAAAGAACAUUCCCUAAGACUCCAAGCAUUUCACUUUCAGUACAGUAGAGAAAGUGGAAAUACCAGUUUAAAUUUCUCAAGGUGUUGUGCAUGUACUUAUAAAAAUUGAAGUGUUUUCAAUGUAACUUUUAUGUUUUAAUUCUACAGAAAUGCUUGCAGUGAUUCUUACAAUUCUCAGCCUGAAGUCUAACAGCUAGCAGUACUGAUGUUCAAUGAAGACAGUAUAAAUCCAAAGGAACUGCAUCUUCCUUUUAGUAGUCCCUCCCUUGAAAUUAAAGGAAACAAGAAAAAAUGUAUUUAGAAAUUAGAAAAAAAGGAAAGAACUGUAUUUAAAUACUACAAAUAAUGGCAUGUACAAUGAAGGAACAUUUUUUAGUGUCUUUUUUUUUGGGGGGGUGAAGUAUUCAAACCUAAGUGGACAGUAAGAUGAUAUGCAAGUCUUACAAAUGCAAAUAUAUACUCUACAGGUAAGCACCAAAACCAAGCAGACAAUUAUAACAAUGGACUUUCAACAAAUUCAACAGAUAGUGCCACAGUGCAAACCAAAUCAGAAAUUACAAUGAUUUUUCUUCAGGUCUGCAAAAAUAAAUAAAUAAAUAAAUAAUACACAACUUCUUGCACAACAGAUUUAUUUUUUACAAGGA